AUGAACUUGAGUUGCCCUCAAAUAAAUGUUUUGUUUUCGAAUAUAAUUGAUGCUCAAAUCUCGGCAACUAUAAGUGUGCAGAUGCUUUGGCUACGACUGACUACUGUGUUGUUGUUGCCUGCUGUCUCUCUCCAACUUGGUAAAUCCGAUAGGAAGUUGAAACUGGAGAAGAAAGAGAAGGAGAAGCAGACUCAGAAAGAAACAGAAGUGGAAGAUUCCAUUCAACUCGUUCAUCCUCCAGCCAGCGUCACGAAGCAAAGUGUUUUGGAGAAACACGAGAACGUGGACUACACUGAGCGUAAAUUUGAAAAUGCGAUGUUAGUUUAUGUCACUCCGUGGAAUUCGAAAGGUUACGACCUUGCAAAAUGGGUAUCACAUAAACUAACACACGUGUCGCCGGUGUGGCUGCAGGUCAAGCCUCAAAGACAAGAUAUGAGCUUUACCUGUCAGAUCCUUGGAACACAUGACAUCGAUCAUGAAUGGAUGGACGACGUCCGAAAGAACAAUAGCGAUGUCAAGAUUGUACCCCGAGUGCUGUUCGAUGGAUGGCAAGUUGAAGUUCUAGCACAGUUCCUUCAGAACGAAGGAUGGAUGCGUCGCUGUGGUGACGACUUGAUAAACUUGUUAACUCGAACACAGUUUGAUGGUGCAGUAGUGGAACUUUGGGCUAACGCCAUGGUUCAAACUGGAGGAGAAGCUGUAGAGCUACUUAUCGAGAUGCUUCGCUCGUGGGGCGAUGCGUUCCACAAAAAGAACUUACAGCUCAUUGUUCCCGUUGGACCACCUUUGAACCCUGAGAAUCGUCCCACCGGAAUGUUCACGGCUGGAUUCUUCUUCACGCUAUCUGAGAAAGUUGAUUACAUCCAGCUGAUGACAUACGACUAUGCUUCAAAAGACAUGCUCGGCGUUGCACCUUAUGAUUGGGUGGAUCGUUCUUUGGCAACUGUUCUGAACAAGAUGCCUGACAUAGCUAGCCAGUUGAUGGUUGGCUUGAAUCACUACGGAUACGAAUACACUGGCAAAAACAUGCAAGCAGUGAACUUUCAACAAUACAUAGAAAACUUGAAAAAGAAGGACAGUAAGCUGGAAUGGGACUCAAAGUCCAAAGAGCACUUCAUCGCUACUGGAUCGUCAAAGAUUUACUAUCCCUCGCUCACAUCCAUUGAGAUGCGUCUUAAUAUUGCCAGAAAGCAUGGCGUUAGCGCAGCCAUCUGGGACUUCGGGCAAGGAUUGAAUUAUUUCACGCAACUUCUAUAGCUAUGUUAGAUGUUUGCGAUCAGUAUGUGUUGUGUGAUGUAUGUCAGUGGGUUUUUGUUCAAUUUCAUGUUCGGGUAUCUCUACACUUCCGAGUAUUCUCUUUUUGUGAAGAUAAAUUAUUCGAAUUACCUUUAUAGCAUCAGUCACUAGGCUGAGAUUUU